AUGGUUCCUAGACCAGGAUGCUCCAUAGUUCCUGGACCAGGAUGCUCCAUGGUUCCUACACUGGGAUGCUCCAUGGUUUCCAGACCAGGCUGCUCCAUG